CUACUCGCGAUCAUUAUUGCGAGCCGGUCUUGUUUUAUGCUCACAGUGGUCGGCACUUAAGUAGCAGUUCAAUACAUCAGCAUUGUAAAAAGCAUAUUUUGGGAUAGACGUUAGUACAGUGUAGUAACUCAGUCGACGUUUUGAGAAGUGCAGGGUUGUGAGAAGUCAGCAAUUCUACCAAGUCACAUUAGCUGAAUACGUCACGUCAUAAAAAGUCACUUUGAUAAGUCAUGACUGAGAUUCAGGAACAUUCUAAAGGGGAACCGUCUGAGGCGAAUCAAGGAGAGGCGAAUGGAGGGACACAUGGGUCCAAUCAUGUUAUUGAUGUACCUCCAGUGAUAUACCCAGGAAAGGAUGCAGACAUCACUUCCUCGGAGGGGAUGGGAUGUUGCAGUUACAUCCUAAUCAUCUUAUCGUGGUUAACGAUUGCCAUUACUUUCCCCUUUUCUUUGGUUUUUUGCCUAAAGGUUGUUCAGGAAUAUGAACGUGCAGUAAUUUUCCGUCUCGGUCGCUUGAUACAAGGUGGUGCCAAAGGCCCAGGGCUCUUUUUUAUCGUACCAUGCAUUGACAACUAUACUAAGAUUGAUCUGAGGACGGUCUCGUUUGAUGUCCCGCCACAGGAGAUCUUAUCUAAAGAUUCCGUGACGGUUGCCGUCGAUGCUGUAGUUUAUUAUCGCGUCUAUAAUGCUUGUAUAUCCGUGACGAACGUCGAGGAUGCGACACGCUCCACCCGUCUCCUGGCAGCUACCACCCUGAGGAAUGUCCUCGGCACAAAAACGUUAAGCGAGGUCUUGCAGGAGCGGGAACACAUCAGCGAAAUGAUGAAGAAUUCACUGGAUGAGGCAACUGACCCAUGGGGUGUUAAAGUGGAGCGAGUUGAGAUUAAAGAUGUGCGUUUACCAGUCCAACUUCAGAGGGCCAUGGCAGCUGAAGCAGAGGCCACGAGGGAGGCUCGUGCAAAGGUCAUCGCUGCAGAAGGAGAACAGAAGGCGUCACGUGCCCUGAAGGAGGCAGCCGACGUCAUGAUGGAAUCACCGGCCGCCAUUCAACUGCGCUAUCUCCAGACACUCAACACGAUAUCCGCCGAGAAAAAUUCGACAAUUGUGUUUCCGUUGCCGAUAAAUCUUUUACAAGGUUUCCUUGGCAACAACAAAUAGUUGACUGCCGACUGUGAACUGUAUAGAUUGGUUUCAGGCCAAGAUUGCAAACUCAAGGCAUCUUCUACAGGAUCAUUGAAAAUUAGAUUGAACUGAAACGACACCAAUUUUCUCUCAAAGGACUAAAAACUGAAGAUUUUCAGCUCCAAAAUACAACAGGCCAUGAAGUACACAAUUUCAAUCUCUAUAAAAUAUUCAAUAUCCUCUCUCCUUGGAGGAUUCAAUUACAUUGGUUUACUUCAAAACUAUUGAGUCCUGCCAGAGUGUAUCUUGGUUUGGAUGCAAAUUUAUAUUGUCAGACUUGUACAUAUUCAUAUGUUUGAUAUUGUGGAUCACAUAAAUGUUAUCGUAGAACUCCUUUUAGACUUUGUAUCAACAACGUGGUCGGUAGAAGUCAAAACAAAAUCCUGGUUGCAUACACAUUGAUAAGUAACCAAGGUUACCAUAGCAGUAACCAAGGUAUACAGAAUAUGGAAUGGAGUCUCUCUUGACUGGCAUCCUGAGUUUCAGGGCCUAUCACUUGGGACCUACAGAGCUUAUGUGUGCAAGAGGAGCGAAAAAAUGACCCUGGGAUUCGUGGAUGUUUUGACUGGUGGAAAAGAAAUCUUAUAAUUCUUAUUCAAAUUUAUCAUAGCUUGUUUUGUACUGCCCCUUGUUAAUUGCAUUUCAAUACAUUAUGACUGUAAUAUUGUAAAUACAUUUAUGAUAAUCGGAGUAGUUCAUAUAGCGGUCACUGGGUGUCACUUGUUAAGACGACAAUGUAGUAAGACAUUUAGAUGGUAAAUUUGUAAUGUUAUUAAAGGAAUGCAUAGAUAAAACUUUUACAGGUCGCAGACAAACUUUUUGUCUUGGAUCCAAAAAUGUCAUUUGUCCAAGCAGCUAUUGAUUUGUGGCAGAAUGCAUGAGAACAGUUGAGCAAGUUCAAUCCAGGUAAAUUAGCUCGCUAAAAUUAAAUUCUGUAAUUUUCUGUAAAGUUCUGAUCACAAAUUUGUAAAUUUUAUGCUUUAGGACAAAUAGUAUUUGAGAUAUAAGCCAAAACCGGAAUCGGGCUCUGGUGUCGCAUAGGGUUGGCAAUGUCACACAGAGCAUGCUCUGUUAUAUCUAAUGAAAUGAAGAAAUUUGGGCUAUAUAUUUGUAAUAUUUGGAAUCUUGUAUAUAGAUUUAUGUCUUCAUAUAUGGAUAUGUAGUGAGAGUUAUUGUAGUCAAGCUGUUUAGCACAGAAAUCUAGUCAUUAAAGGCUAUUAGGAGGAACUUGUAAGUUAUAAUUUUGAAUACGCACCAUCAUUUGAAUUCAGAUUGCAAAGAUAAAACAAUUUAGAUUAAAAAUAUUUGUGUUUUCUUACCCAUAUGUUACCCCCAGAGAAACAUAGAUAACAAAUUAAGUUUAGAAUAGUUGCAUAAUAAGAGUGUUUGACUAAUUGCCCCGAAGAUAUUAUACGCCUUGUAAAAUGUAACCUUUUUCAUCAUUCUUUCAUACCUGAUAAAGGAAACACUGUAUAUUUCUUACAUAUGUGAAUAAAAGUAUCAUUUGGAAAUGAA